CUUUGUCGUAGAUUUUGAAACGGUCUCUCCAACAACUCUCCCUUCUCUUCUUCCCCUUCGAUUGCGGUCUCCCAACGCUGCCUUCUCUCUCCCUCUCUCUCUGUUUUUUCUCUUCCUCUGUGGUGUUGUGGUUGAAUUUGGAUUCUUUCUCCGCCGUUGGUUCUCAAACUUCCCCUGUCUCUGAAUCUUCUUUAGCUAAAUCUCUAUGUUUAGCUAGCAGGUCGAAAUCUCUCUGCUUUUUUUCCCUGCCAUCAAACUUGCCUUUCCGCUGGUGUUGUUUUUAUGGCAAUAAUGGCGAUGACAUCAUGGAUCCUCCACCGACUCUAUUAAUCCUAUCUGUUUCUUUAUCUCCCUUUUAUCUUUCCCUUUAUUAGGAUUCUCCUCCACCUCUGUCUCUCAAGUCAAUUUCCCCGUCUCUUCUCUCCCUCCCUCUCUCUUUGCAGCUUCCCCUGUUUUUUUUCUUUGUUUUCUUUUAAAGGGUUUUUUUUGGUGGGUUUUUGCCCUCCAUCGCGCGUGCUGUUCUUUGAUUCCAGUUGGGAAAAUAAGAAAAGAGCUCCCUUUGUUUGUUUUCGAGUUAAGGGUUCGUCAUUCAGGGGAAUCGUGUGCAUUGGGUCGUCGUUUUCUUAGAGAGGUUUACUUUUAUUCUCUUCCCUCCAUUUAUAAAGAAUUUCCUGUGGCGUAGUUUGAUCAAUCAUACGGCCGGUGAUGGUGCUUUGAAUUAGUGCAAAGGUCAAUUCUUUUUCUUCUUUGUGCUCUGUUUUUAUGAUUGGAGGGAAACCCAGUUUACAGGCCUUCAAUUUUCUAGGGUUUUUGUAACAUCCAAUUAUUGGAGAGGAGGGGAGGGGAGGAAGGGGAGGUUGGUUGAAAUUGGGCUUUACCCUUUUGAUAUUUUAAUUCCUGGGAAUCGAAUUCUUCUCCCAUUCGGCCUUUUCGUGCCUGCUUUUUUGUUUCCUUCCCCUGUUUUUUUCCUGCUCUCGUUUAUAUCGGUGAAUUUCGACCUGAACAAAACCGUCGUUGAAUCUUUCCAGCUCCCAGUGAUCUCUUCUUUAUUGAGGGAAAAGAGGAAUUAGGAAUACCCAGUUGUUCUACGAUUUUGAUAUAAGCAUGGAUUCAAGGAUGGGCGAAGACGUUGAGGGUCUGAAAACAGAGAAGAAGGUCGAAGAGGGAGGUAUGAACAAUAAUAACUCUAAGGUGAAAGGUACAGGAAGUGUUAGUAGCAAAGAUAUGAUUUUUCGAGCAGACAGAAUCGAUCUCAAGAGCCUUGAUGUACAGCUGGAGAAGCAUUUGAGCAGGGUUUGGUCAAGGAACAACGUUGAGAAGCAAAAUCCUAAGGAAGAGUGGGAAAUUGAUCUCUCUAAGUUGGAUAUAAAGAACCAGAUUGCCCGUGGGACUUAUGGGACUGUUUAUAAGGGGACAUACGAUAAUCAAGAUGUUGCAGUGAAAGUACUGGAUUGGGGUGAAGAUGGGAUGAUUACAGUAGCUGAAGCCGCUUCUCUCAGGGCAUCGUUUAGGCAGGAGGUGGCAGUUUGGCAUAAGCUCGAUCAUCCUAAUGUAACAAAGUUUGUUGGAGCAUCAAUGGGAACUUCGGAUCUCAAGGUUGCAAACAAGCAGUCCGAUGGGCAUACCGCGAGGGCAUGUUGUGUCGUUGUUGAGUAUCUUCCAGGAGGAACACUCAAACAAUACUUGAUACGAAAUAGGAGGAAGAAGCUUCCCUAUAAGGUUGUGAUACAACUUGCUUUGGAUCUCUCUAGAGGUCUCAGUUACCUGCACUCAAAGAAGAUCGUGCAUCGUGAUGUGAAAUCAGAGAACAUGUUGUUGGAUGGUCAGAGGAAUCUUAAGAUUGCUGAUUUUGGUGUUGCUCGAGUUGAAGCUCAGAAUCCAAGUGAUAUGACUGGCGAAACCGGUACCCUUGGGUACAUGGCCCCUGAGGUGCUUGAUGGGAAGCCGUACAACAGAAGGUGCGAUGUUUACAGCUUCGGCAUAUGCUUGUGGGAAAUCUACUGCUGUGAUAUGCCAUACCCAGAUCUUAGCUUUGCCGAUGUCACAUCUGCUGUCGUUCGAAAUAAUCUACGACCCGAGAUCCCGAGGUGUUGCCCAAGUUCACUGGCGAACAUCAUGAAGAAAUGUUGGGAUGGACAUGCGGAGAAGCGCCCGGAGAUGGCCGAGGUUGUCAAGAUGUUGGAAGCCAUUGACACGAGCAAAGGAGGAGGGAUGAUCCCUGAAGACCAGAACCCAGGCUGUUUCUGCUUUGCCCCAACUCGUGGCCCUUGAAAUCUUCUUCGACAAUAGCUGUCUGCCGUCAUGUGAAAAAUGCUCUCUUUUUUUCACCCGUUUCUGUUUUUUGGGUUUAUGUUUUCGUUUUUUUCCUCUUAUAAAUCAAUACCUUUCUCCUGUGUACUUGUUUCGAAUUGGGAGCAAAGAGACCUGAAAGGUUGGUCUGCUUGCUAUGUCAAGGAAGGAGUGCUCCUUUUGAGCUCUGUGUUUUAUGCUCACAGUUAAUGCAAACAGGUCUCCCUGUACUGUAACCAAUUGAGCCACUAUGUCUAACCCACAUAUAGAGUCCUUGGUGUAUAUGGAUUCGUCAUGAUUCAUGCUAAUCUGUUCAGUUUCUAGUCAUUCAUCUGCAUAUUGAUCUUGUCC